AAAACUAAUAGGGUAAACAACACCUGAUUAAUCCUUCCAUCACCUAUUGUCUCCCCAUACUAUUCUUCUCUCAGUAAGACAACAUCUACAUAAGAGAAGUUGAAGCUGCCAUUUUUUACUUGAGAAUCUUCAUUUUUCUUUCUUAAUACUCUUCACUUCAAAAUAACUUUUCAAAUCAUUAGGGCAUCUUUAUUAUUUUCCCGGGCAUUAGCUCUUGAAUGAUACCAGAAGAAGACAGACUAAAGAGAUAGAGAUAGUAGGUAGGUUAUGGCUAUUGACGUUUGCUGCUCGGAGGCUCCUGGUUCUAGCAUCAGCCCAAGAAACUCUUUCUCCUAUGAUCUUGACUCAACUGACGGUGAAGUCAGACUAGACUCUAAACUUCUUGAUCCAGAUACUGAGUUCGAUUUCAGCUUUGGCUCUAGUUGUCCUGUUCAAGAAGUAUCUCCAGCUGAUGAACUCUUCUCCGAUGGCAAGAUUCUUCCCGUCCAAAUCAAGAAAGUAACCUUUAGGGUUCAAAGAUCAGCUUCACUCUCAUCAUCAUCAUCUUCUUCUUCAUCUUCCUCUUCUUCAUCAUCGUUCUGCAACCGGAGAUCCCCACCAGAAAAGAAGAUCAUGAGACUCAAAGAGCUUCUGUUGAAUCCUGAAUCUGAUUAUGAAGACAAGCCUAAGGGAUUGUUCUUGCAGUUCAAGAGAAGCAUAAGUCUCAACUACGAGAAGAGCCGAAACAGCAAAGGGCUAAUCAGAUCGCUUCAUUUCCUCUCACGAAGCAACUCAACAGGCUCUGCUCUAAACCCUAAACCUAACUUGCUGCACAAGGAAAAUUAUCAUCCUCACAAAACUCACAAUCUUCCUAGACAAACGUCUCUUAGAAGAUCAUCUUCGCUCUCAUCUUCAGGCCCUUACAAGAAACAAUUAGCCAGAAACAGUUUCGGUAACCGAAACGGUGGAGUUCGAGUAAGUCCGGUCUUAAAUUUCCCACCGCCAGGUUUCAUCUCGAACGUAGCCGACGGAUUUUUCAGCAUUGGAUCACUCUGUAAUGGUAAGGCGAACAGGAAGACAAGGUUAUGAAACCAUCUUUUGUCUUUUGUGGCCGGAGAGGAGAUAAAAAACUUAAAACAGAAAAUGUAUUUAUAAAAAUAAAACGACUGUUCGUUGUAUAAUAAUUUAAUAAUUCGACAGCAUGUGAGUUUUGUCUGUAUUUAUAAAAAAACAAAAAUAAUUGACGA